ACAGCCCAUCAGCAAGUCACAGCAACAGGGAGGAACAGAUUCAGAAUGAUUCGUUUUAUUCUGAUACUGCUGGGCACAGUGGUGGCCAUUGCCCAGUCCGUGACCGGUUUACUACGUUGCGACGAGUCUUCAUUCGACGUGCUUGGUGGAGUUCUUCCAACUCCGUCCAACUCCUGUACUCAUUACGCAACGUGCAUAGACGGAACGGUGCGCGAAGUGGCUUGUCCCGAUGGAACGAGCUUUGAUUCGACGUUGGGCCGCUGUCAAGAUUCAGCGAAGCUGGGUGUCCAGUGUGCUAGCCCACGUGCUGUGUCUCAAAUUGAUGGAUUGUGUACUAAUCCCAACGAAGUGAAUAUUAUUCCGUAUCCAACCAACUGCUCCAAGUACAUCAUCUGCUUCGGAAUGGAAGGAAUAGAGCAGUCGUGUGGUGGCGAUCUGCUGUUUAAUCCUGUUCUGGGAAUGUGCGAUGUUCCAACGAAUGUCAUCUGCGAGCUGAGCUGCCCAGCGGUCGAUGAUCCGCAGAAUCCGGUUUGGUUACCGGAUGCACGUUCGGAGGACUGUGCCAGGCACUAUCUUUGCUUCCGAGGAGAACCGCUGCUGUUCAUAUGUCCGAGCAAUCUGUAUUUCGAUACCAGAAGCAAUACCUGUACCUUUCCGAGUAAUUCGACUUGCCGCGUGUCCGGAAUCAGCUGUCCACUGCCAAACUCAUUCCUCGAAAAUCCUAGGGACUGUACCACUUAUUAUCAAUGCGUCGAGGGAUUCCCACACCUCCGACGAUGUGGUCCCAAUGAAUAUUAUUUGCUUUUCGUGGGAGGUUGCAUCGAAGGAGUGUGCCCACCGUCGAUCGAGACUACGACAGUUCCCUUUACAACUACUCCCACAAGUACAUUGGUUCUUUCAACCACUACUACUACUGAAACGUCUACGCCAAUGAGCACCACUACGAUGGAAGUAUCGACUACUCCUGCCACGGAGUCUAGCACACCAGAAAUUUCGACUACGAUGGAACCUACAAGCACAACCGGUGAACCUUCAACUCCGGUCACGGAAACGACCACGGAGACGAUUCCAACAACAUUUGAUCCUCCAACAACAACAACGGUUGGAUCCGAGACAACGUUUAGUCCAACGACUCCAAUAGAAACCACAACGCCCAUGGAAACUACGGAUUUUCCCACUACAUCAACGAGCCUCGAGACAUCCAGCGUCACUCCAUCGCUGCCAGUUUCCACUACGACCGAAGAAAUGUCCACUAGUGAAAGUACGGAGCCCGCUACAACUGCAACAGCUCCUACUACUACUCCGCUGGAUACUACAUCAGAAGCCCCGGCGACAACUACUGUACCCACUACGAUAGAAACGACCACAAUGCCCUCCGUCGAUCCGCAAGUCGUGUGCCAAGGUAUCAGUUUCGGAGUACGGCCUUACCCAGACAACUGCUACAUGUACAUUAUCUGUCUCAACAACAUGGGCACCGUGGCGGAGUGUCUGGCCAAUGAAAUCUUUAACGCCAAUACCAGCACCUGUAUUCCGGGUAACCGGGACACCUGUACGCCCGGUAUGCGGUUUGGCGAGAUCUAGAGCAUUAAACCUGUGUGAGAAUUCCAGAUUUGUGACGUCAAGGACGGAGCAGAAAUAAAGCUGACGUAAAGGGCACCCCUUCUCCCUUUUUCAUCAUGAAA